AGCAGUCGAAAAAAAAUAACCGCUCAGGACGCGACUUUAAAAUCACUAAAUCAGUCCAAACGUGAGAUAAUAGUCCGUAACAUCGCUUACCCAUUCUCGAGUUAUCCCUCAUAAUUGAUCAGGUUUUUAUAAAAUUUGGUAAACGUUAUACAACAGGUCAGCUAUCUUCUGGAUAGUGUCAAAAAAAAAAAAACUGUUAUGUGAGUGUGAUAUGUUUUGUGAGUCAUUAAAUAGAGGUGUUAAAAGUUUGCACUGAACGGGCACAAUGAAGAGGAAAAGCCUGCUGAAGUCUGCUAAAAUCUGCUGAAGUCUGCUAAAGUCUGCCGAAGUCUGCUACGGUCUGCUAAAGAUCGGACCUGAAAAGUAUCGUUUGAGCUGGUUGGUUGAGAUUUCAUUAAGCAGGUAAAGGUUGAAUUGACAGCGGACCUCUCUGUUUCAAUUUCCAUAACAGACCACAAAUAAGUCCAGCCAUCAUGUGUGAGCACCAACUUUAAAAAGAGGUCUACCGAGAUUUGAAGAAAAACGUAUAAGGCAGGAGGUUGAGGAAAGGAAAAAAAAAAUAAACUUUUAUUGAGUGAGGUAAUAUUUUAGUUCUCUGGAAUUGGCUGUUUUUCGGUAAGUACCAAGUACUUCAUCAUAAAAAACAUGGAUUCAAAAGGUAUUCUUUUACUACGCAUCUUGUUUUUUAUAUAUUUAUUUCAUACGCACAGAUUUAAAACAAACAGUUCGUUGAAAAUCAUCACCAAUGUGGUUUCACUGAUAUUCAAGGGAUUGAACAACAAAGAAUUGCAAAAAAUUUAAGUAAUGUGUCAUGAAAAAAAGAAUAUAUAAAAAAAAAUUCUCAAAUUAAAAUUAUUUUAUGAGUAAUAAACAGCAAUGGGAUUAUCGGCAUAUGGCAAUUAUCCCAGUAACAAUUUGGACUACGCUGAAUAUUAUAAUAUGUAUUUUCAGGAUCAGGGACGUCCUUCUAUGUAGGUUCUACCACACGGGAUACCGAUACCCUGGCCACGAACCCCCGAAGAAAAAGAAAAUAACUUUUUCAAACAAAGUUAAUUAUAGAUCCAAUUCGAAUGGGAGCACCGUAACUACGCAACCGACAAGCGGCAGCUCCACGUAUAGUUCUCCAGUAUUACACCCACCACGACAUCAAAAACAAGAAAGUCCAUAUAGAUAUGGAACACAAACUGCCGAAAAAAGAGCGACUGCUAACGGAGGAUCGGUUAAUAACAGGAAAUAUAUAAGAUCAAAUUACGACUACGAAAAAACAGGAGGAGCUGGCCUACAAUCUUCUGAGAGGCGUUUCAAGUCAUCAGAUUUGACUUCAUCAUCUUCUACAAACUUUUAUCAAAGAUCAAAUAUAUCAAAGAGGAAUAAUUAUCAACGCUACGUUUGUCAGCCCCGAGAGGAUCACUUUCCCAGAAGUUACUACGAUUGGCAGGAUGUUGACAAUCAGUAUUGACGCCGAUUUUCCGGGACGACUUCGUCCACACAGGCCACUUUAAGUAGUCUGAAUAAGGUAUCAGCGCUAAGAUUGUCGCCCCGUUUAAAGAAACUUUUGGUUAAAUCCAACCUCGUAAGCUCAAAGGACGACAACGCAAGACUUAAUAGAAGAGAAAAAGCUCACAGAGUUUCAUUCACUGAUGAAUCAGUAGAGCAUUUAAGCCAAGAUUUUGUCAAAACACGUCCAUGGACGGAUGUUAGAGAGUCCCAGGAAUACUUAUGUAAUAAACGUGGUACUGAUGAAUCAGUAGAGCAUUUAAGCCAAGAUUUUGUCAAAACACGUCCAUGGACGGAUGUUAGAGAGUCCCAGGAAUACUUAAGUAAUAAACGUGGUACAAGAACGUUACCUUCAUCUAGUUUUGAAUCGCCUGAGGAUGAGAUCUGUUAUUUAGGCAGUAUUGGAUACCAUGAAAGGGUAGUGGAAACGCCUAUAUCUUUGUAUGAAAACUACGAUUACGAAAGUCAUGGCCUUACUUCAGAUAGGUACUAUCAUUCACAUUAUGGUAGGAAUGAAUUAAAAAAAGACAGAACUCGAGACAUUGGGGUGCAGGUCGAUAUUGCAAGAGACGUUGGAGGACAAAAAGGAAUAAACUACUACUACACAGGUGAGAAAAUGACUGGCGUUACAGAUCAAGAAAGAAGGGUCAUUCUCGAAUUUUGCCAUCUUUUGGAAAAAUCGAAACAAUUUUUUAAUGGAUUAAGAGAACUCUCACCAUACGGUCAAAAGCACUGGCAAGGUCAAUUUUCAAGAACUUUUGAUGUUUAUGCCAAACUUUGGAAAUUCCAACAACAGAAACGAUCCACACUUGAUUUAAAAUAUGGUCUUAAACGUUGGCAGAUUGGCGAAAUAGCCUCAAAAAUCGGACAACUUUAUUAUCACUUCUAUCUCAGGACAAGUGAAACGGCUUAUUUGGUGGAAGCAUAUUCAUUUUAUUCCGCCAUAAGAGGAAGACGCUACUACACGCUAGCAAUCAAAGAAAAUAAAUGUGAACUGAUGGUCAAGAAACUUCGGUUCUACGCCAGAUUUAUCGUAGUCGCUAUUCUUCUUCAACUACCUAACAUUAUAGAAGAAUUGGUAUUAGAACUGGAAAAACAGGUCAUAGCGUAUGGCAAAACUUAUGAUCCAAAUGAUCAACUCGAGUGGAUCAGAGUUUUAGAAGAGGUGAGGGCUUUUCUGGUGGCCCAACCGGGUGUGACUGUUUUGGAUCCCGACGAUAACGAUAGAAUAGUAACAGUCAAUGGCCGAACUAAUCCAUUGAGCAUACCGCCAAUAGAGCUUACACCACAAAUGAACAUUACGCUCAGAGAUGCUGUUAUUAUCGGAAGCGGGACUCAACUGGUCAAGUUCUCAGAGUUGACUAUUGACAUGUUUAGGAUGGUUCAAGUGCUCGAGUUCGAAAUAACCGUUCCUAUACGGGAUCUGUCAAACAAUUCACCAAAUCCAGAUGGAAGACAUGCCCCACGGCCACCGCCACCGCCGCCACCACCGCCAAUCAGCAUAUUUGACGGUGACCAUGAUCAAGGCGCCACUGCGAACCCUCAUAAAUUUUUGCUAUUCAAGCCGUCUCCCAGCCAGGCUUUAAUAUACUUAGCAAGCUGCUGCAACGACCUGCCAGCGAAUGCAGCCUUGCUUCUGUAUGUGUCAGCACACGGCCAUGCCCAACAUUCAAAGCAUGCUGAAGAUUAUGCGUACGAUCUCGGUGGAUUGAUAACGACGUCCAAAUCGGAUAUUUACAAUGAAGACAGGGAUGUUAUGUUAAAACAUAGAGACCCACAAAUUUUGUAUCCCGGCGACUUGCAACCAUACACGAGGAAACCACUCUUUGUCAUCGUUGACUCUGAUAAUUCAUUUGCUUUUCAACAUAUUCCAAGGACUUUCGGUCAACCGUUGGUUAUACUUAUGUCGCCAAUAAGUUUGCCCAGCAAUCUCUCUGUUCGUAGAGAGCACGGAAAUUUGUUCACACUCUUUCUACACAACCCAAUUGCUGGCUUGUGCCACGCGUGCGAUGUAUAUACUAUAACUCUUGAUGUCUGGGAUCACUGCGUGCGUUUGAGAGACAUAUUCAUGAGGGAUGUGACACGAUUGAUUACUAGAAUUCGACUAGAUCCGAUGCACUAUGCAUUCAUCGGCGAUGAAUUUUUGCGCCUCUUAUUUCUGCGGUACAUAUUCUGCGAGUGCACUCUUCGCAUGCACCGCGCUUUUCGCUCACGCAAUAACCUGCCCCGCGCCCUACCACCCGUACCCGACGAUCUAUUUGAACAUAAGGAUUUGAUAUCCGUUAUUCUUGAAAUGGCAGACUGUAUUGGAGUCAGAGGCCACUUUUAUGAUUCAACAAAACCUGAUUACGAUGAAAGACAUCAGUAAAAUCAGAUUCAUAUUUAAAAUUACAACCUUUCUAUUAUUAUAAAUUUUUAAUAAAAUUUAAUGUUAGGCUUCACUAUAAAAGCCAUUAUAUAUACUUCGUAUCUUUAAAACUAUGAUAAUCAUGUCUGUAUUGCAUGUAGAUUAUGAAGUUGUCCUCGAUUCACGGUACUUGUUCCUUGGAGACAACAUUUUACAAUUUAAUAAUACAUACAUAUAUAUGUAAUGUUAGUUCUAUAUUUAAAAUGAGGCCAAAAGCACUGGGCCGUUAAAUACGCUGUUAUUUCACUUUACCUUACUAUAAAAUGAGUCAACGUAUUUUCCGACAUAUUCCUUGGUGUAUUGGAAUCAAAAAAAAAAUAUGCUAAAUAUAUCAAGUAAAUUUUCGGCUCUUUAUAGAUUUUACAAUAUAAGUGUUAUGAACAUUUUAUGAUAACAAUCGAUGUUUUAUAUUAAGGUAUACUUAUAUCUUUUUCUUAAUAUAGAAAUUUAUAAUAAGGCAAGCUCGAACAACAUUGUGAAAUCUCGAAUCAAAUGAAGACGCAACUCAGCUGAUUGAUGAAGAAGCAAAUGCACUUGAAAUUUUCUCUCCUUGUCCACUAACUUAAAAAAUAGUUUAAUAAGUAAUUACAUACUGUUAAUUAAGACAAACUUCGUAAUUAUAUUGUAAUAUUCGCAUUAUAAUAUAUAUUAUAUCCACACGCACUUACCUAAAGAUAUUGAAUUACAUUUACUUCACACGUAAAAUGUAUUUACUUAAUAUGCUCGUAUUUAUUGUUUCAAAGAAAUUUUUACAUUAAUAAAUGCCAUAGAUCACUUGAGACUAUUCAAAUUCAUUGGAAUACAUAUUUUUUAUCAAUCAAUAGAUCAAAAACGCACAUUCCGAUAUGCGAUAUCUUUAUUUAUAUAUAAUAUGAACACUACACACAUACAGUUAAUUUAUUGAUUAUAAAAUAUUAUCCUUUUAUAGGAAAGUUAUAUAUCAUAGAAAUAAGGUGAUUGCUGUAUACAUGUGCAUCAUUGUUACCCAAUAUUAAUUUAAUAGUGAUUGUUGUUGCAACAUAUUUAAUCGAUGGUAAUAUUAUAACUUAUUAAAAUAAGCAUCUCAUUAGUUAUACGUAUCUCUGUGUCAUUUCAAAAAUGGCAGGUCAUGCACGGAGAUUGUCGCCGUAAAGAGAAUAGUAUUUGCACUUUUCUUAGAUGUCAUAGUUACAGAAAUAAGUAGCAUAUAUCAUUCUUUUUCCUUGAUAUAUAGAUAAGUGCAUGCAUUUGUAAUAGUUAUAUAGUUGUUUUUUCUCAUGUGAAAAUAUAUGUAGUAACGUUACAAUUUACAGCUUGCUCUUAGUGUUACUUAAGUAUCAUUCAUUGCAUAUACACUGUGACUGUUAGAAUUUUCAAUAACGUAACUUCAAAAUAUUUCAUGACGAUCGCGUUCUUAAUGUUCUCGAACAAGCAUUUACUGUCUGUUAAAGAAUUUUGUAGUAUCCUUAAUACUCGUAUAACCUUUCAAAAUAGCUCUGAUGUGUAUCCGAAAUAAAACCAUGUUCUUAACAAUAUUAUGUGUUACGGAAAAAAAGACAAAAAAAAAAAAAACAAAAAAAAAAUCACUUCGCUGAAAACAUUUCAAUAAUUUUAAUCAACAUGUAUUUUUAAUUGACGUUCUUUGUGUAGUUUCUAAAUUGUACUCAUCAUUAAUGUCAUGUCUAUAUAACCUACGUAGAAUUUCAAAUAUAAUUAAUCAUAUAACA